GCCCAAUUUUCUCGAGAGGGACGGCGAGAUGGAUGUGGUUACAUUAGUUAUCAUCUAUGUAACCCUCUUCGCUUGUUUGGUCUUUAUUCUCUUGUUUGGGGAAGCGAGUUUCUUUCGGGAUGGGUUCAUUGGAAGGAUGCACCGGGGUUUAACGGACUCUUUUCCCCACUAUUUGCACAAAACCCUUCUGAUGAUAUGUGGUCAACGUGUAGUUAGAAAGUUGGAUUCUGGCUCCAAAUAUCUCCUCGAGAGCCGUCACCCCUUAUUGCAAAUAUUUUAUCUUAGCCUUAUUACUGGAUGCAUAUUCAUAUUCUGGCAAAACGCCUGGCCCGCAAUACCAAAUAGCCACGUAGGCAAAAUUCAUGUGUAUACGGUUCCCUUAAUGAUUGCUAGUGUUUAUGGAAGUUUUAUUUUGGCAAGCUGGAGUAACCCGGGCGUCCUCACCCGGGAAAAUAAUGAUCGAGCACUUAGUAUAUGGGAAUAUGAUCACAUCAUAUUUACCCCAAAAAUGUGCCGAACAUGUCAGUUCCAAAAACCCGCUCGAUCGAAACAUUGCUCUAUAUGUAAAGCAUGUAUUGCGAAGAGUGACCACCACUGUGCCUGGAUCAAUAAUUGCGUCGGUCACCUCAAUUACCGAUGGUUCUUGCUAUUCCUUUUCACGACCUGCGGGAUAGCAUUCUAUGGAUCUUACUUGGUCUUGCAGAUUUUCCGUGCGGAAAUGGACAAGCGACAGAUCCACGAUCUGUGGGUCAUGGAUCGCAUCACUCAGGAACGUAGCCGGAUCUCGUUUAAACAAAAGUGGCUUUAUAUGAUCCACCAUGAAAUGAUGCUGGCAGCCUUGGGGAUAUUUGCCGCAUUAGGUGGCAUCGUCGUUCUUGCGUUCAUCUGUUAUCAACUUUCCCUCGUCUUUCGCGGAGUGACCACCAAUGAGUCGUUCAAGUGGGAUGAUAUAGAUUACGACAUACGUAAAGGGCAAUUGCGAAUGCCGCGAGAACUAUACGAUUUCAACCAUGGGAGGCACGAGGAAGACCAAAGCACUACUCGCGCCAAAGGGAACACAACGGCGACACGGCGGAAAGGGCGAAAGGGCAACGAGAAAAGCCACGAUCAGGAACGCGACGACUAUGUAUCUAUCAAGUCCAUUGCACAAAUCAAAAACAUCUACCAUGGCGGCCCAUGGGCAAAUCUGAUGGACAUAUUGUUUCCAUCUCCCUUAAACGUGUAACGAGUGGAUAUGACAGUAUUCUCCUGCCGUUCAUUAUGCCUGGUGGGCACAAUUGUGUUUUGUCAAUCAGCGUUCUCCAUAUAUUACAAAUCCUCUACUGUGGUUCCCCUUGUUGUGUGCUGUGAAUAUGAUACAUAUUCCAUUUUACCCUUGUCCCUUUGGUUGGAGUUGCAUGCGACCGUCCUCAAGCUGUUCUAUGGAAUAUUUCGAGCCACUGUCGUAGAGAUAGGCCUUAUC